AUGCUAACAUUUCGUUUUAUAUUCAUUUUAUAUUUGAAUAUCUUUGCAGGAUUUUUCACAACCACUAAAGAAAAGCUCACAUUCUAUACGAAUGCUAAGUCUUGGAAUGAUGCAAAGACAAUCUGUGAACAAAGUGGUUCAUCCUUAGUUACAAUUUCUUCUCCGACGAAACAAUACUUCAUUGAAAAAUAUCUUCAAAACGAGUGGGUUCAAUCUGUCCCCGGAAAUGUAUGGACGGGAUUACAUGAAAUAGAUUCGUCAGACGGAUCAAAGGUAAAAUGGAUCGACUGCAACAAUGUAACCUAUCACAAAUACGUCACGACACCAAGUUCAGUAGCAGACGACAAUAAAUGCUUUUCAAUUAAUCCGUCAACAGGACAAUGGAAGACUGAGAGAUGCGAUGUGAAAUUAAGCUUUAUAUGCGAAGUAAAUUUAGGACUUUGUGAUUUUGACCGAUACUAUCCAAGAACCGGUUGUAGUGGAUCUUUGAAACAAACGGGAGAGUACAGCCUUUACGAUUGUUUAAAUGCCUGUCGUAAUAUUCCAAUUCAAUCCGAAGGUGAGGAAUGCUGGGGUGUCGGGUUCUACCAGGGAUAUACCGAGGACGACUGUUGGAUGUUUCUUUCUGUUGAUCCAGAGGCAUGCUCCAAAUCCAGCUUUUCAAAUAACAACAUUGAUAUGUACCUUAAGACAUGUUUUACAAAUGAAGUAAAUAAUACGAUUCUGGCGGAUAAUUCGGUAGCCCUAAUUCCCGAUACCUCCUGUAUGGUCAAUAUACCAUUGAUAUCGUCCACGCAAGGGGAUUUCACCAUGCAGAGUACAAAUUCAGUUUCUAUUACGAUGACAACAACCAACAAUCCAGAUGUUUGUACUUGCCCAUGCAGAGCAAAUUCUACGAAAUCAAUAGAACAACAACUGAUGGACAUUAAAAAAGAAUUAACCAUUAAUAAAAAGAAAACCUCAGCUUACCUAAGAACUCUGUCUUGUGCGGAUGAUUAUCGCUCCAGUUCUAAGGUGAUUGGUUAUGCAGGUAUAAUAUUCAUCGUGUUGGAAAUAUCAUUGUUUGUAUUUCUAGAUAGUCCAAACUUAAUGAAAUUGUUUAAAUUCAUUUACAAGAAAAGGUGAAGGACAGUGAAGAUGUAGACACUAUUUUAUAAAAUUUAGAUAUUGCACAUUUUUGUGUCAGAUACAGUGACUUGUUUUA